GUAAACAAAAAGAUGUCGAGAAACAUAGACAAGAAGCAUCAAAACCUCUACAAAAUGACACCUAAAAACUCCUAAAAAACAGGUUAUGACUGGUAAUGCAGGAGGAAUGAUAUGGAGCAUUUUGGACAGCCCAGGCCAUCUACAUCUAGAGUCAUAGUCAACGGAUCUCUCUCCCCAACAAACUCUCCAACUACUUCUCCAAGAACAACAAGAUCUAGACAUAGAACAGAGUAUGGCAGCUUGCGAGCUCAUCACGACAAGGGAAGUACACCGUCAUGGCGCAACUCAAACCACCCCACAGGAUAUCUCAGUCCCCCUCGUGCUAGUUCAUUGCCUAGCUUUGGAAUGGCUGGCACUUCUUCCACAAGUACUAAUAAUCCAAUACAUGGUUCUUUACAGUCAUUACCUAGUGGAUUACAUCAUAGUCUUAAUGGUUUAGCAUACCAGCCUGGAACAGGAAGCACUCACCAUGUUUUUGGUAGUACUAAAAGUGUAUUUGGUUCACUUACUACACAGCAAAAGAUAAUGAGCCACAGGAAUGUAGAGCAUGAAGAAGCAAUGGAUAUCGACGCACAGGAAGAUAUGGAUACUGGGCAUGCAUCAUCUGUUGCUCCAAUGGCUAGUCAGUCCAAGACAUUAAGUUCAGAUGCUUUAUUAACAAGUUUGGGAUCACCAAAGAAAAACGACACCCACACUACUGUUACAYGCUGGAAAGAACUGUCAAUCAAAAGUAAAGUUGUCAGUGACCCACCCAAAGCUGAUAAACCAUCAUGCUCUGACGUAUCAAGUAAUAAACCUGCCAAAGAGAUGGCAAAGAAAAAAGCUAUCUAUAUUGUCAUGCAUGUUAGUAAAGUUGUAAUUGGUACACUACAUGCUAAAGCAUCUGCACCAGUUAAGAUAUAUGCAGAAAAAGUGUUUGUGGAGGCUGAACUAGAUGACCAUUCUACGAUGUCUAUCAAGAUUCCUUGCAAAGAUUUCACUAAUUGUACAGUUAGCUUUGAAUUAUCUAAGCCAAUUAUUGCAUUAACUUUAUCCAAAUCUGCUACCAAGGCCAUUCUUGACUUGAAUAAAGACAAGGGAAACUUCUUGGAUCCUGAGCAAGAAGGUAAUGGCAAGAACAGAAUUUUCCUUCAAUUGAACAGUAACUCACUAACAAGAGAAGUAAAACAAGACCUCACUGAACUGUUUCAGAAAAGGCUUGCAAACCAAAUUAAGUGGAAGGAAGUCAGUCCAUCAGAGAUGAACUCCUUGCUUUACCCAGAAGAAAAAACAACAGAACAGACGGCACAAGACAAACAACCGCCUUCAGAAUCAAAAGAUAGCGAGAAGAGUAAAAAGGCCACCGAACCUUCCUCUCCUACUGCAACCAUACCACCGAGGAAAAUACUCACCCCUAAAAAGUCACGUUUUAAGAAAGGUUUAUUCCAAGAAAGCUCUCCUUCUACCUCGGAUUCAAGUUCCACUAACACAAGCAUAGCUGAAAACAGUGUAACGCAAUCCUCGACUAAGACUGCUGGUAAGGUCACGAGUGAUGCGCAACAAGAGGACAAGAUCGUGACUCGAAGUAGACGACGAAAGGCUGAUGUUGUUACGCCAGAACCUUCUUCACCUCCUAAAACAUCCGCAAACGAUGCGCGACACCCGGUCGGGAAAGCUGAAUGCCACACUAAACGCGUAGUCAACACUGACGAGAAACAAGGUGUUGAAACCAUUGAAGAAACGAAGGGAAGUGACACCAAAAGCGUGACGGCCGACACUCAGCGUGACAUCCUUCACCAUCAUUCCAGAAUCGAGUCACACAUUACACUACUUGGUCAGCACAGUGAAAAACAGCGCCACACUCUUGAACAUCACCAGAAGCUUUUGACACUAGAAAGAGAAGAGAGGAAUCGAAGUAUUGAAAAGAUACAAGAACUACAAUCAACAAAUCGCGAAAAUCAACAUUUUUUAAGACAACAAAUUGAAACUAUUGAUACGUUAAAUAGAGAACUUGAGAAUCAAAAUAUUACGUUGCGACAAUUACRACAAGAGCUGGGACAAGAAAGGGAGGCGUCCAAUAGGAUGAGGAAGGUGCAAGCAGAUUUGAUUCAAGCGCGCAGAGAAUUGGAAGAAGAAAAAGUCGUACGUGGAAUACGUGAUAAACAGCAGCUGGAAAAAGAGAAUGAGCUGGCUGAAUUGAGACGUGUUUGUGCAGAGGAAAGGAGCCUUAGACAAGGCUUGAAUGAAGAAUUACAGCGCAUCCAAAAUGCGUGUGUACAACACAUGGAUGAGCUGGAGAAUCAGAGACUUUUUCGACAAACGCAAGAUAGAGAACUCCAAGGAAGGGAAGAAAGAAUACAGGAAAAUGAACAAAGGUAUCAAGAAGAACACGCUACAAGAUUAAGUUUGGAAGACGAGCUUCGUCGCGUGAGGAUUGAAAACGAUGAACUCCGACGUUCAAGAGAUGGAGUUCAAAAUGAUCUUCGUGAACAACGCCAACAAAUGUGCCAAGAAAGAGAAUCGUUCACACAAGAACGACAAAAUUACGAACAGCGUUUAAGAGAAAGUGAAAGGACUAUCUCUGAUAGCGAGAGAAGGAUACGAGAGCUACAAGCCGCGCUUAGCACGUCACAGGGCCUGAUGGAAGAAAAUCGGCGGAUCGARCCUCGUGAUUGGAUAAUACGUAGAGAGGAAGUGACGACAACCGACACGGUCUUGGGGACAGGCGCCUGGGGCACAGUUAAGGUUGGCGUGUUUCGAGGAAGUAAAGUUGCAGUUAAACAGAUCCACGAGCUGAUUCUUUCACCUCAUAAUCGUAGGCUCUUUGAACGGGAAAUGAGUAUCGCAUCUCGCUGUCGCCAUCCUUGUUUACUGCAGUUCAUUGGUGCUACAAAUGACGAUGGGAUCCCUUUAUUCUUGACCGAAAUUCUCGACACUGAUCUACGAGCGAUUCUUUCACGUCGAUCCCUUCACCAAGAGGAAAUCAUCACUAUUGCGUUAGACGUUGCUCGUUCUCUCAACUACCUCCAUCUUAAUAAACCUUUUCCAAUCAUUCAUCGUGACAUCAGUAGUUCUAAUGUGUUACUAUGGAAACGUGAUACAUGUUGGCGCGCCAAACUUUCCGAUUAUGGAGCGGCUAAUUUCAUGAGGCAAUGCAUGACGGUAAACCCUGGGGCUGGGAUCUAUGCAGCACCAGAGGCGUCCACCUCGCAACAGUCAACCAAGGUCGAUAUUUACAGUUUUGGUUUACUUCUAUGCGAAAUGUGUAUACGUGAACUACCAGUCCCUCAACAGACGCGUGAGCAGGUGAAUCUGGUAACGAAUGGGGUGUUGCGCGAGUUGGUUAUGAGAUGCGUUCACGAUGAUCCCGAAGCACGGCCAACAAUGGCUGAAGUUAUAACUUUGUUGGAGCAACAGGAAAGUAAUCUGCUUCAAAGUGGACUUGUUACUGUAAAUGGAAGAACUGCUACUAUAUGACAAACCUAAUGUGGUGAUUACUAGGAUGUCAUGCCUUCUCUGUCACUUUUCCGUGUCAACCAGUUAAGUUCUUGUGAUGUAAGAAAAUCGAUGCGAUGUCAAAUGAAUAUGGAAAAUACUAGGUUGUCUGAGAGUUGUUUUCAGAAGAAGAAGAAAAGGAUGAAGACCAAGAAGAUGAAGAAGAAGAAGGAAAAAGAAAAAUAGAAGAAGAAGCCGAAGAAGAUGGUGAUGAUGAUGAUGUUGGCGUUGGUGUACGUGAUGGU